AUGGAUCCGGUGUCUAAUCAGUCACUUGCGCUUCCAGGCACUUCCAAAGGAAAACGAAAGAGAGGAUUAUCUCUAAGAUCUCAACUUUUGAAUAAGACCAUCUUAGGGCAGAAUCAAGAGCGUGAAGUGGAAUUCAAUUAUAGCGAUCCAGGUAGCCGAAUAACGGAAGACAGUUCUAAUACAGGCAGUAGCAAAGACACGGACGAGACACUUCGAGGGGGUGACAUAGAGCUUAAUAAUCUAUCCCAUCUACCGCUGGCUGAGCAACCAGAUACUGAAGCUUCUACUCCUAAAAUUCAUGUCGAUGAUAAGUUUACACAGGAUAACGAGCAGUAUCUGCCGUAUAGCGCAUAUGAUCAGAGUAUGAGCAAAUCGACUAGUCAUUUAAGUGUUCUUUCUUCACGAUCCGAGAGCCGUGCUACGUUUAUCACUAAGCGAAAGAAACAAAACAAGAUACUAAAGAAAUUAAUUAAAAUUAAGAAUAGAAUUUUAGGUAUCGAUUCAUUACCUGCUACAGAGAAUGGAAGAGCUAUUCCAUUAACCACCAAUCAAUCCGAGAUAAAUGAUUAUUAUCAGGAGGAGCUUUAUGAUGAGCAUGCGAAAUCAUUAAUUGAUGAGAGGACGGGUGAACCUUAUCGUGACAAUGUUAUAACUUCUGCUAAAUACAAUAUCUAUACAUUUUUACCCAAGCAGCUAAAGGCUCAAUUUUCAAAGAUUGCGAACUGUUACUUCAUGAUUGUUGCUAUCUUGCAAAUGAUUCCAACUUGGUCUACGACGGGGCAGUACACAACUAUUAUUCCUCUUUUAAUUUUCAUUUCUAUCUCUGUGGCUCGAGAGGGAUUUGAUGAUUGGAAGAGACAUCUACAGGAUAAAGAAGAGAAUAAUAAGAAAACGACAAUUUUACGAGAAAAUGACGAGCUAAGAAAUUUUGAUACUCACUCAAUUACUACAAUUAUGACUGAAACGAUGACGCUCGAAAAUUCAAAUAUAGACAAGAAUUUGUAUCCAGCUUCCCCGAUCUUAGAAAACGAAAACUUAUCCUACGCAAACACUGAUUUGAUGAAGAAGUAUAACUUAAAAGAAUAUCCAACGAAAUGGAAAAAUAUUAAAGUUGGUGAUAUAGUGAAGGUAAGAGAAAACGAAUAUUUUCCUGCUGAUGUUGUUUUACUAGCUACAGCCGACUCCAAACAGGAGGCUUUUGUAGAAACAAUGGCUUUAGAUGGGGAAACAAAUAUGAAAGCAAAGUUUCCUCAUGACGAAUUGGCUAAGAAAACUAGCACUAUCCCGGGAUUGAAGCAAACCAAAGCAUUGGUAGUUGUCGAAGACCCUAACACCGACUUAUACAAUUUUGAUGGAAAAUUCAUUUUCAAUGAGGACACUUAUGCUUUAGGAUCCGAUAACAUAGCAUACAGAGGCAGUAUAUUAAGAAACACGACUUCCAUUUUGGGUCUAGUUGUAUUCAGUGGUGAAGAAACAAAGAUAAGGAUGAACAAUGUGAAAAGCCCUCGAACCAAGGCACCCAAGUUACAGAAAAAUAUAAAUUAUAUUGUCAUGUUUAUGGUGUGUGUUGUUAUUCUACUUUCUGCCUUUUCUACGAUGGCACAGAGGAUACUUUACAAGAAAAAUAAAAAUAAAGCUUGGUACUUAUUAGGAGAAGAUGCAGGUGUUGCGGCUACCUUGAUGGGUUUUAUUAUUAUGUAUAAUACAUUGAUUCCGCUUUCACUCUAUGUUACCAUGGAAAUUAUCAAAGUCAUGCAAUUAUGUUUUUUACAAUUUGAUAUUGAUAUGUACGACCCCGAAACGAAUACUCCAGCAGAUGCCAAAACUGCAACAAUCUUGGAAGAGUUAGGUCAGGUUAGCUAUAUAUUCAGCGACAAAACUGGGACUUUAACAGAUAACCUAAUGAUUUUCAGAAAAUUUAGCAUAUGUGGCACAAGUUUCUUACACGAGCUAGACUUGAUGUCUCAAGAAAGUGAGGUGACCAAUAAUAGGGCAGACCAAACGUCAGAUGAAGGUUACGGGCAUAAAAAAUCUAGAACUAGUACCAGUGCAUUCGCAAGGAAGAGUCUCGAAGCCACAUCAGUUAAGUCUAGUGUAACGUGGAAUUCGCCUGCAAAUAACGUAAAGACACAAGAUUCAAUCAAUUCCUUAUCUUUAUUGAAAUACAUCCAGAUUAACCCUCAAACAAUAUUUGCAAAGAAAGCGAAAUUUUUCUUAUUGAGUAUUGCUCUUUGUAAUACUUGCCUACCAAGGAGAGACACAGUUUCUUUUGAUGAUGAAAGUGAGCAUGAAAACAAUGAUGAUAAUGUGAUUUAUCAGUCAACUUCCCCUGAUGAACUGGCACUUGUGUCAGCUGCAAGAGACUUGGGAUUUGUUGCUUUCGAAAGAAAUAAUAGCAUAUUGACAAUAAAAACGUAUCCACGCGGCUUUGAACAAGAACCCUUUUUUGAAAAAUACGAGAUCCUCGAUGUUGUGGAGUUUUCUUCAUCUAGAAAGCGAAUGUCCAUUGUAGUGAAGUUUCCAGACGGAAGAAUAUGUAUAAUUUGCAAAGGUGCUGAUAAUGUAAUUAUUGACAGAUUGAAAGAUUCAGACAUGGCAAAAAGGAAAGCGAAAGAGAUUUCAUUGAAUUCAGCGGAUCGUAAAACACAGGAGGCCGACAUCGUCUUGCAGUCUAAGGUUUCAAAUGAAUUAGAGUCUAGAAGAUCACUUAGCUCGCUCCGAAAAAGUUUAAGUUUCAGUGAUGAGGGCAGAAGGCUUGACUCUAUUGAUAGCUAUCUUAUGAAUACAGAAGAAGAUGAAAUAGCAGAUAUUGCAACCAAAGCUCGAAAAUCUCUACAUAUUCAACAAGCGAAGAAAUAUAGCAUAGAUAAUGGAGAGUGUUCUCAAAGCUCGCUGAGGAAUGUUUCAGGCAAUGACUUCUCUAAGUUACUUCCUAAUGACAAACUCCUAGUUAAUGAGGAGUUUUUGAUGGAAAAAACACUAGAACAUAUAGAAGAGUUUUCAACAGAGGGUCUCAGAACGCUCAUGUAUUCAUUUAGAUGGCUAGACAAGCAUGAGUAUGAAAAUUGGGCCCAAGCAUACAAUGAGGCCAAAACAGCAUUAAUAGAUAGAAAUUUGAAGCUUGAAAAAAUAGGAGGUGAAAUCGAGCAUGACUUACUGAUGAUUGGUGCAACAGCCAUUGAAGAUAAACUUCAAAAAGGAGUGUGUGAGGCGAUAGAUAAGUUGAGAAAGGCUGGUAUCAAAAUGUGGAUGCUUACAGGUGACAAAAGAGAAACAGCCAUCAAUAUUGGUUAUUCUUGUAGAUUAAUAAAGGAUUACUCCACUGUAAUCAUCUUAUCAAAUGAUGAAAAUUAUGAAGAACUUAUGCAAAGAAUGACAUCCGCUGGUAUGGAAAUUAAGGCAGGAAGAAUUGCCCAUUGCGUGAUCGUGGUAGAUGGUGCUACUUUAGCAGAUAUCGAAAAUGAUUCCACGUUAUUUUCGCUCUUUCUUGAAUUAUGUGUUGAGGCAGAUUCUGCUGUUUGCUGUCGUGCGUCCCCUUCGCAGAAGGCAUCGAUGGUGACUUCAGUUCGCAAGAUGAAAGAAAAAGCUGUCACGCUUGCUAUAGGAGAUGGGGCUAAUGAUAUUGCUAUGAUUCAAAGUGCUGAUAUCGGAAUUGGAAUUACAGGUAAAGAGGGUCUACAAGCAGCCAAAUCAGCUGAUUAUACAAUAGCACAAUUCAGAUUUUUACUAAAGUUGCUCUUAGUGAACGGAAGGUAUAAUUACAUUCGAACUUCGAAGUUCGUUUUGUGCACCUUCUACAAGGAAUUAUUGUUUUAUUUAACUCAGGCCAUUUAUCAAAGAAAUACCCUAUUUUCUGGGUCUUCUAUGUAUGAGAGUUGGUCACUUUCAAUGUUUAAUACUUUAUUUACUUCCUUGCCGGUUAUAUGUGUUGGAAUGUUUGAUAAAGACUUAAAACCCUCAACACUUUUAGCAGUGCCAGAAUUAUAUGCUAAAGGAAGGCUAUACAAAGCAUUCAACUUGAAAGUUUUUAUUAUUUGGAUGUUCUUGGCGGCAUUACAGAGUGUGGGAAUUUCAUUCAUGACUUAUUAUGUUUGGGGAUUUUCUGCAUUGAGAGAUAAUACAACGUUCCCUCUCGGAACUUUGGUUUUUGGGGCUUUGGUAUUUAUAAUCAAUGCAAAAUGUGAGUUAAUAGAGCUUCAUAAUAGGCAAUGGCUAGCUUUUGCGAGCUUUAUAAUUUCUGUUGGUGGCUACUGCUGCUGGAAUGUGUUGAUAAUGUUCUUGUAUAGAAGCAAAGAUAGCACGAUAUUUUAUGUUUCCUAUGGAUUAGAGAUGUGGGGAACAGACCAAAGUUGGUGGUCAAUGAUACUCGCCCUUAUUGCAAUCCCAUUACUUUUUGAUAUUCUCAUGAAAGUUUUCAAAUUUAUGUUUGCACCCAGUGAUGAUGAUUUGUUUCGACUCUACGAAAAAGAUAUUGAGAUGAGGAGAUCAUUCGAGGAAAUGGCUCAGACUGAAUUGAAUCAAGGCUGGAACUUCCCAAGGAAUUCAUCAACUACAUUUCGUUUAGUUAAAAGUCUGGUUAAUAAGUUGCUUUCUAAGCUUAAUAUGAAAGGUGUAUUUUCCGAAACAGACGAAAGUAUGAUAGAAGGGCUCCAAAUGUCAGCACAUCAAAGAAAAAGAGCAGGCACUAAUCCAAAUCCCUCAGAGCUUCCCCCGGAUGGGGAAGCUCUGGUUAUUAAGAGCAGUGAUGCUGAUAAUCUUAACAUCGAUGACUAUGACAUUUUGCCUAGCGGUAAGCGCAUCAAGAUUAAGAAGAAAGGUGCAUGGUCUACUUUUGGUAUCAACCUUAAACGUACAAAAUCCUACGAGGACGAUGAUAUUCAAGAUGAAGAUGUAGAAGCUAUAAUUGACGAAAGGCUCCGUAACUUAAAGGAGGAGGAAAGUAGGCAUCUGAAGUAA